CUGCAGGGGGGCACGUUGGGGAGAUGGGGCUGCGGGGUGCAGCGCGGGGCUGCGCGGGGCUGUGGCGGCACCCGCACCCGCCCGGCAGGGCACCGCAGGCCGCGUGCCCCCCCCCAAGGCUGGGUGUUAAUGGUUAACCCCGGCCCCACACCUGCACGGCUCCCAUGGGGCAGCACCCCGCUGUGCCCUCUGCGGGGCGCUGGGUCGCCGCCCCAUCCCCCAGCGCUGUGCACGUAGGGGGGGCUCGCGGCCCCGACUGCACAGGGCCGCCCCGGGCCGUGCAGAGCCCAGCUGGGCACCGGCUGCCCGCUCCCAGGGUUGGCCUUGGGCCGGGGAGGGGCUCUGAUAAGGGGGGGAUUUAAGGCUGGCGGGCGCCCCGUGCCACCUGGCUGAGCCCUGAGCACAAUGCUGGCGCUCCUCGUCCCCCUGCUGCUGCUGGCUGGCGGCUGCCACGCUGCUGUGCUGCCCGGUGGGUCACGGGUUGUGAAUGGGCAGGAUGCGGUGCCGUACAGCUGGCCAUGGCAGAUCUCACUGCAGUACGAGCGCGAUGGCACCUUCCGGCACACCUGUGGGGGAACCCUCAUCGCGCCCGACUGGGUGAUGACGGCCGCACACUGCAUCUCCUCCACGCUCACCUAUGAGGUGGUCCUGGGUGAGUACGACAUGAGCUCCGCCGAAGGCCCCGAGCAGCGCAUCCCCGUGGCAGCCGACGACAUCUUUGUGCACCCCAAGUGGAGCAGCUUCUGCGUGGCCUGCGGCAAUGACAUCGCCCUGCUGAAGCUGCGGCGCAAUGCUGUGCUCAACGACUACGUGCAGACGGGGCAGCUGCCGCCCGCAGGCACCGUGCUGCCCAAUGGCUACCCCUGCUACCUGAGCGGCUGGGGGAGGCUGAGCACGGGGGGACCAUUGCCAGACAAACUCCAGGACGCUCUGAUGCCUGUGGUGGACCACGAGCAGUGCACACAGCCCGACUGGUGGGGCAGCCUUGCCAUCCGCACCACGAUGAUCUGUGCCGGCGGCGCUGAGCAGGCCGGCUGCAAUGGCGACUCGGGCGGCCCCCUGAACUGCCAGGCUGAGGAUGGGCACUGGGAGGUGCACGGCAUCGCCAGCUUUGUGUCUGCACUGGGCUGCGACACUCCGAAGAAGCCCACUGUCUUCACCCGUGUCUCUGCCUUUGAGGACUGGAUUGCUGAGACCAUAGCGAACAACAGCUGAGCAGGGCAGCAGCGACCCCCGUGCUUCACAGCAUGCAAAUAAACCCACAGAGCUGACCCCGUGUGUCCCGUGUGCUGGGGGAAGGGGGGUGCAUGCACCUGGUGAGAGUGGCUGCAUUGCCAGCAGAUGGCACUGGCAGAGCGGGCACAGGCAGCACGGCAGCACCGUAGGGAUGGGCACACAGAGAUGCCUUGCACUACGGGAAGGAUCUCCUCACGGUGCCGUGAGGUGCUGUAGGAAUGGGCACCUGGAGACAUCCAGAUAUCAGAGGGAUGGACACGAGGUGCUCUGAUGUCACAGGGAUGGGCUCCAACCUUCACCCAACGGCACCUGAGGCCAUGGGGGUGUUUCUCCCAAAAGGUGCCACGGGGACGGGCACCCGACACCUGGGCCCUAUGGAAGAAGCGCCCCGAGGUGCCCUGAUGCUGCGGGGAGGGGACACCUCUGAGUGCCCUGUUCUGGUCACACGGCAUGGCAGCAGCUCCGUGCCCAGCUCUC